GAGAGAGUUUGUGAGAGAAAGUGAGUGUGUGAGAGAGUGUGUGUGUGAGUGAGUGAGGGGGGAGCUGUCAGUAUGACAGAAUGCUCUGUGACUGAAUGCGGCACCCCCUUCCCUCUAUUCUCUAUAGGAGCGGAUGGUAGUGUAGUUAGGGAGCCGGUGAGCUCUCACUGCAGGUUUGCUCUGCUUCUUCAUUUGAACGCUGCCUCCUUCCUGUUUAUCCUCCUCCUGACGUGACCCGACCCAGCUGUGGACGAAGGCACGCUAAUGGGGGAAUGGUUUCUUCUUCUUCAGGGGGUUGCCGGUGAUUGGCUCCUGCACUUUCUCUGCCUCCUCCAACACACAGUCCUGGGAAUCUGCCGCCUCUUCCUUUUCCUGUCCGCACAGCUGGUAGAUCCCGGCAAUGGUUCCCGGUCCUGCUUUUCUCUGCUGCCAUCAGCUGUCAGCUCUCUCCCUGCCUCCGCCAACUUGGAGAACCUCCUGACAAAGAUGCGUCUUAAUACCAGAGCCUGUCACGUGUCAAGUCCGUGUUCAGUCAUGUCCAGUCCCAGGCAGUCUCCCUACCCUUGCGUUCUACAAGCAAGAAGCAUUGCUGUUCUGCUGCUGGACCCAUCCAGAAAAAGACAUCACUAUAACUGAAGGAUGGAGAAAUCUAAGGACCCAUUCCUCACGAUACAAAUAAACUCUGAGCAGGACUGGGAGUAUAUUGAAGACAAAGAUUUGUCAUCCUCAGAUGGCAAUGAAGAUGCUUCCCCAUUGGUUCCCUCAGGUUCACAAAAAGAACCUUCAAAUCGUGGGCAAGGACGAGGGCACAAAAAGAAAGCCAGAUUCACACCAGAGGAGUUGGCUAUCGUUGUGGAAGAACUUUCUGCCCACAACAAGCUCCUCUUCACCAUUCAUCAGGAUCCUGCCAAAGCACAGUGUAAAGCCGCUAAAUGGGCUGACAUAUUGAACCGGGUGAAUGCUCACCAAGUGACUUUCCGAACCAUAGACGACAUCAAGAAACGAUGGCACGACUUGAGGAAAACCGCAAGGAAGAAGCUUUUUAAGAUUAGGAGGGAGCAAGGAAAACCUGGUGGAGUGUCGCCAAGGAAGAAAACUCGACUCACUCGCCUAGAGAAAAUGGCCGCCAAGACCAUGACACCAAAGAUGAGCUAUUUUUUCAGUAGUGAUGAUAUAUUAGAUAGUAAUGAAGACUCUGAUGUAUCAUCACAUGAAAAGUUGCCUAAGAGUAAGGUCCCUCAAAGAGAGCCAUACAUGACAAGACGCAAGAGUCAGAUGGUCAUGACCCAAAUCAGUGAUGAGAAGAAUUCAGAAGCCAGCACAUCGUGUCUCAGUUCCUAUUCUGAAGACAUGUUCAAUGGCAAAACAGAAAUGUCUUCAGAGAGUGCGGCACCUGAUAAUCACCAGUUGGCACAGAAAGCAACAAAUAACCCACCGACUGCCAUAUCUGUAGAGUCUGAGGGUGACUGGGAGUAUGCAGAGGAGAAAGUGGUCAUUAAAGAAGAGCGGAUUAUACGCAGAAGCCAAGCUCACAGUUCAUGGGGGGCUUCUGCUGCACAGCCAACACAGGCGAUGAGCCGAUGGCAGGCCAAAGUGCACAAGAGGAAGGCCAGGUUCAACCCAGAAGAGCUUGCAAUUGUGGCCGAAGAAUUAUCCUCCUAUAAUAAGCUGCUGUUCCGUGCCCAGCACAACCUGGCAGACGUGCAGCGCAAGGCACACAAAUGGGCAGAGAUCUUGCGGAGGGUGAAUGCCGUAAGCAUCACUCACCGGACUAUUGGGGAUAUAAAGAAGAGGUGGCAUAAACUGAGGAGAACUACAAAAAAGAAACUCCUACAGAUGAGGAGGCAGAUGCAAGAGAAGGGAGUGGAAGAGACUCAUCUAACAAAGUUCGAGGAGAUGGCGGCACGGACAAUGACUCCACAGAUGAUUUAUGGAGUCUCUGAAGGCUUGGACAUAAUAGAAAGUGAGGAGGAGGCACGGGUUUCUCUGAUGACCAAUGGCUUACAGGAGGAACCUUGUGAGAUAAAUCAUGUGGUUCCCUGUGAGCAAGAAGAGUCUACCAACGAGGCCCAAAAUAGCCAGAGAAUACUACUAAAAAUAGUGCCCACAUCCUCUACCAAUAAUCACAUUAUUUCUAUGGAAGAUCCAGAGAGUCCCAUUUCUGUUAUUGCUUCCCCCGACACACAGCUAGGCUUUAUUAGGCAUUCACCAACGCCUCCAAUGAGAGGACAUGAGCCUGUAGAAAUAGCCAUGCAGCCAGAUCUGCUGGCUCACCAUGUUGGACAGCUAGUGGAAAGCAUUCGGGAACACAAUGAACUUUUCCGAAGCCAACGCAGAAAUGAACUCUUAUUAGAGAGCAGAAUGGUCUGCCUGGAAAAUGCAGUAAAAACUAUGGUCCAGACAAAUCAUGCGCUAAUCCAGUCACAAGCCCAGCACACGCAGGAACUUGGGCAUCUGACACAAGCUGUGUGCCAAUUGGUGGAGCAGAUGGCAACUUCCCCACCAGGAACCUUUCUCCCCAGUGCACACCAAGACCUGGCACCCAGAACAGCGGUUUCUUACCUGCCCCCUCCUUAUGAUCCAUCUUUUCCUCUAUGAUCUAGGAUUUUAUCGUUCGGUAUACAGAAUAGGCAUCCUCCAUAUUUGUAUCCACAUUUCUCUAUUCUGUUCCAACACAUUUCGUGAACAAUUGCCCAAAAGGCAACUAUCAUAUCUGCUGCUACAGAAAAUAUAAAUAUAUACUACCCCCUA